AGCACUUCCCUAGAAGCCUGAGAAUAUCCUCAACUCUACUUCCUUAGCCGAUAAACCUUCCAGAGAAAGCCAUUACUCACUCGCUUUCUCUUUCUAUCUCCCUGUAGUCGACAAAUCCAGUUACGCCUAUCUUACAGCAUACUCCGACCAGAUCAUGAACUAUUUCGCUGCCUUUCCGGAUUUCUCACUUAGACAGGGCGAACACUUGAGGAACGCAUUCAAGCGCCUAGCUAGGGAGAAAGGCUGGUCUGAUGGGAUGAGGGCUAGUGAGAAAACCAAAUUCUACCGAUGUGUCACGCAACAUCUGAAUGAUCGCUUCAACAAGCUGGAGCAUUUCCAAGAUCUGUGCCAGAAGCUGUUCGACAGCACACCAAGCUCAAUCACGAAAUGCAAAGCGCUUCUGAUAACAAAGUAUGUCAACAUCUGGGACAUUGUCGAGGGCCAAUACAAAUACUUUGAGCAUUAUGCCGACUUUCGCAAAUACACUAGCAAGGGACGAACAUUCGACAGGCGAGAGGCGAAAGGCUUGCUACUUAACGUAUUUUUACGGCAUUUAAAGUAGUGCGUAUUUGGCAUCGACUUCACCGUUGACAUCCUAAGCGUCCAGUUGC